GUGCGAACGGCAGAAUAAAAAUUUUGUGUAUGGGGUGCUCAAGAAGCUCUCUCAUUGGACUGAUUGGCUUGACCGAUCCGGGGAUCGGGGUGGUUUUGCUGGUCCUUACCGCCCGCAGACUUUUUCUUUCCUUUCUUCCAUCGCUCGCCCAACGGAUUGGUGCCGCUGAAUUCGAUAAAUGGUGAUACUCGAUCUCACAGUACACCAAUAUAUCUACAUAUGGAAGAUUAAUUAUAGGUUUUUCUUGAUU